UAAACCACCGCGCCGCCCGGCGGCAGUAGAGAUCAUUGUAGGUUAUAUUCUCCGCGUCUUUUAGUUGAAAUAGUGAUGUUUAUGCUUGGAGUUAGUUAGCUCUUUACAAAAUAAUUCAAUAUUUUUCUACUAAUUGCAAUAUUUACUAAUAACUGUCAUCAUGUCAAAUAUGAUAUAUGGUGGAGAUGAGAUAGGUGCCCUUGUCUUUGAUUUGGGUCACUAUUCUCUGAGAGUUGGUUACGCUCAAGAAGAUACACCAAAAGCUGAAAUCCCAGCUGUUGUAGGUGUAGGAGAAGAUGCAAAUAGCAAUGCAACUAAAGCAGAACCUAUGGAAGUUGAUGAUAAGAAGCCUGAUAAUAAUAUUACCCAAAGUAUUCCAAAAUACUACAUUGAUACAACUAUUUUACAUGUACCUCGAAAAGGAAUGGAAGUUGUUAGUUACAUGAAAGAUGGUAUGAUUGAAGAUUGGGAUCAUUUUGAAAAAGUUUUAGAUUAUACGUAUUCAAAAAUCAUUCAAUCUGAUGCUGAAUAUCAUCCAGUAUUAUUUUCUGAAUCACCUUGGAAUAUUAGAAGUAAGAGAGAAAAACUGACGGAACUCAUGUUUGAAAAAUAUAAUGUUCCAGCUUACUUUCUUGUAAAAAAUGCUGUCUUAGCAGCUUUUGCUAACGGAAGAGCAACUGGUAUUGUUGUCGACAGUGGUGCAACGCAUACCUCAGCUAUUCCUGUACAGGAUGGAUUUGUUCUAACACAAGCUAUUGUAAAAUCUCCUUUAGGAGGAGAUUACAUUUCUAUGCAGUGUCGACAAUUUUUACAGGAAAAUGAGAUUGAUCUUUCACCAGCAUACAUGAUUGGAAGUAAAGAAGUAGUAAAGGAUCAUGACAAACCUAGAUGGGUAAAAAAGAAAAAUCUCCCAGAAGUAACAAAGUCAUGGCACAAUUAUAUGGUCAAAAAGCUCAUACAAGAUUUUCAAGCCACAACUCUUCAAGUUUCUGAAACGCCAUACGAUGAAAAAGUGGUUUCAACUAUUCCUGCAGUACCUUAUGAAUUUCCAACAGGAUAUAGACAAGAUUUUGGUUGUGAAAGAUUUCGUAUUCCUGAAGCUUUGUUUGACCCUAGCGUAGUUCAAAUGCGUGGAGGCAUGGUCGGAAAUACAAUGCUUGGAGUAGGUCAUAUUGUCACAACUAGUGUUGGUAUGUGUGAUGUGGAUGUUAGACCAGCAUUAUAUGGCAGUGUUGUUGUUACUGGAGGAAAUUCAUUUAUUCAGGGAUUCCCUGAACGACUCAAUCGAGAUUUGUCUAUGAGGAUACCGUCCAGUAUGAGACUCAAAUUGAUAAGUGCUAAUGGAUGUGCCGAGCGUAGAUUUGGAGCAUGGAUUGGCGGAUCUAUUCUAGCUUCAAUUGGAACUUUUCAACAAAUGUGGAUAUCAAGUCAAGAGUAUGAAGAAAGUGGAAAAAGCCAAGUGGAAAGAAAGUGUCCGUGAAUUUGUAUAAUUU